AUGGAUGAUUCGCAAAUUCAUUCCGAAAACAACUUCCCCAACAGCAAUAGCAAUAACAAAACUUGUGAAAGGUGCAAAUCUUUGGAGGCUAAAAUUGACGAUUUGAACACCAAAUUUGACAACAUGCUAGAUUACCUUAAAAAAAUGAUGGAAGUUCAGGCAAAGCAAGGCGCCCAAUUAAGCGUUCUUGCUAAUAAGGACGCAGAUAUGAGGAGUUUGAGCAAACUCUUCCCUAUAAAAACCAUUGAAGAAAUGGAAAGCGUCAAAAACGCCAUAAAUGAGGUGAACAUCAAUGAAUAUAUUAACGCAAUAAAACACUUAUUAAAGGGGCUUCCUGAAAAGCACUUUGAGGAAAUUAUCUUCAGAUCUAUGUGCAACGAAGUCAAUGUAGGCGGCGUCCAUGGCAAGAUUUGCUCAAAAAAUAUACUUCCUUGUGGAUUGUCGGCGACGUCAGAAAAGCCCGAUAAGCAACUAUCGAAAUGCCUCCACAUUGUUAAAAAAAAGGCUGUAUAG